UCUAUGAUGAAAUUAAUUCAUGUUUUAGUUGUAAUUUCUUAUAAAAUUAUUUCCUAGUGCUGAAGGUUUUGAGAUUAGUUUAGUUUUGUUGAUUAAUCAGCUACAUAUAUACUAAAUCUAAAGAAAGUUAUUGCAACAAAUUACAGCUCUAUAGUCCAACAAUGUUGAUGUGAUUUUUUUUUAUAUAAUAAAUGGAUAGACAAAUUGAGUCAUAUUCACCUAAUACAUUAGUACAAUGUCGAAUAUGUCACGACGAAGAUGAAGAUUCAAACAUGGAUACACCUUGUUCUUGUAGUGGCACCUUGAAGUAUGCACAUCGAAUAUGUGUUCAAAGAUGGUGCAAUGAGAAAGGUGAUACUACUUGUGAGAUUUGCCAACAGCAACUUAAGGGAUAUAUUGCUCCUCCACUAGCUCCUUUAUUCCAUUAUGGAGGCAAUUGGGACAUUCCAAGAAUUGGUUUUAAUAAUCAUCACUUCAUAGCAUUGUUUCCUGAUAAUCAUGAAUUCGACUUUGAAUAUUCAGCACCCUCUACAACCAGUAUCAUGUUGUUCCGCAUUGUUUCCAUUGUGUUUAUUGUUCUGCUUGUUUUACGGCACACACUUCCAAUCAUGAUUAUACUCGAUGGAGUAGGAGAGUAUUCUUUAACAGUGCUUAUGUUGCUAGGGUGUGGAAUCACUGGAAUAAUUGUACCAGUUUAUAUAAUGGUAAAAGCUAUUACUGCUAUCCAACAACUUCAACACCAGGGUCAUAAUUCCCUCAUGCAAUCACAUGAGGAAACUGACAUGGGGCAGUCUCAGCUGCGAGUCAUCCAUAUUGAGUGAUUCCAUUGUCUACUACUGAUGAAAAAAACGGAUGUAGCAGAAUUUAUGAGGAAAUUGGUGUAGUUCCUUGUCUGAAAAAUUGAAUCUGUAAACUAGAUGUUAUUGUUCACAAUUAUAUUAACACAAUUCCUUGUUAAUGGGAAAUAUCAAAAGCUCUAACAAAUUAUCCUUGUUAAUACUUCUAUCUGACCCAAUAUAAAUCAUUGGAUGAAUUCAACAGUAUCUUCAGCCUUAAA